GAGGGCCACGUUGGCGGCCGACGUCUGCGCCAACACACUGCGCGAGUUCGACUGCCGCGCGCUCGUGGAUGCCAUCAUCACCGCGAGCGACGCGUCGGAGAGGGGUGGCGGAGCCUGCUGGACGAGGUGCCCCUGUCCCGAGUUCCGCGACUCGGCGCUUCCAGUCCCGGCGCUGGGUCGAGGUGCGAACAGGAGCGAGGUCGGCAUCGGCGAGCUCUUCGGGGGCAUCGGCGGGGGACGGGCGGCCCUCGAGAGGUUCGGCAUCGAGGUUUGUCUCCGCGCCUCCGCCGAGGUCUUCGAGCCAUCCGUGCGGGUGGUGCAGCAGCGCUGGCCCGAUGGCGCGGAGCUGGGGGGCGUCCGCACCAUCGCGGCCGAGUCGCUGCACAGUCUCCUGACGCCAGGUGGCUGGGCUGGGCCGAACCGCGCACUCAGCUGGUUCGGCACAUCCCCCGCGUCGUCGCCUUGGCGCGCGGGGCGCCCUGAGCUCUUGGCGCUGCCCCUCGCGGGGAACGCCGGCUCCAUCAGCGAGGAGGGCCGCCGCCAGUUCACCGACGUGCUUGGCUCGCUGCCGAUCGAGCUCUGCGCCAGCGGCUGCAGUCCG